AUGGACAAGGUACGAGGGCUUGUAUGCACGCAGGCACAGACACGCGACCAAGAUGAUGAGAGGCAUGGUUUUCCGCGCGGUUCCGCCGACGCUAAGCGGUGGGAGCAGAAGCAUGACAACAAACAGCCAUCCUGGGGAAACAUCAUUUGUGGCGUGGUGAUAUUCAGGACGGGCACUUGGCUGGAGCGGGGAAAAGCAAAGGGAAGGAAAGAGAAGGACGACAAGAAAAGAAAGGCACAAGGCCAAGACUGUUGGAUGCCGAGUUUGCACGUGAUCUCGGGCGGCUUGGAAGCGAAAGGGGCUGUUCCAGCCAAGUACAUACAUACACCUCGUGAUGAGGUGACAAAGAAUAAGUUUCUCGGCAGCUUGAACAGUCGAAAGGCGGCGAAGCGUACGUCUUCUGCAAAGGACAUGCGUACCACACGCGCGUAUCCCGCGAGCCGUGCCGAGUUUUAA